AUGAUUGCUCAUCAAAACGGCGACAGAUCGGUUGGUGAUCAACUCCAACAGCAGCUGGAUCAAAUCAAGCAUAAGCUCCAAAAAAUUGGUGGAACUGCAGCACUGGAAGGGCUUCAACGUGCAUUAGAACAUGUAACAGCAUCAACCUCAUCUGGUAGAAGGAAGCAACAAGAGAAUGUAAAGCCUCGUACCCCUGACUUGGAAGAACAGUCCAGCACGAGCCAGGUCAACAAGGACCAGCUGAAUGAUAUCCUUAGUGGCUACGCUCCGUCUCAUUUGACCAAUCUUCAACUGGCACAUGAGUUGAUCCUGGAACCUGACUUUGGGCUGGAGCAUUACCUUCCCAAUGAUGAAAAUGAGUUGGAGCAGCGUAUCAAGGAAAUAGCAGAAAGGGCUUUCUUUGACAAGAUACGAGAGGAAAUUGAACAGGGCAACAUCACAACAUGUGUACCUCCUCUUGUUCAAGACAUUCAAAAGCGUCUUUUAUCACUUGUGCGUCCAGGCACAACCUUGUACCAACGCAUAGAACAAGGCCUUGAUCUUGAUUUCAUUCAGCAACAGCUCGACCAAAAUAUAUUUGACAUCCAAAAGACGAUUCAAUAUGUACUCGACACCAUGGCUAGCAUGUGUGCGCCCGUGCGUGACAAGGAGAUCGAGGCUGCACGACAUCUUGAUGCUGAUCCUGUCGAACAGAUUAAACGUAUCUUCCACUUGCUCGACAACAUGUCUCUAGAUCUUGCUAACUUCCGAUUACGUGCCCUUCGUCGCCCAUUGAUGCCUAUCGCUAUCGACUACGAGCGAGAAAAGUUUGCCGAGAUGCUCAGUAGCGGCAUGAUUCCGCUUGUUAAGACCAAAGGCUGGCUUAACGAGUCCUGCGAGCGAUUGCGCCAGGUGGCAGCCCAAAGAAACCCAGAAAAGGUACAGCAAGCACAUAGUGCAAGACCAACACACGAUGCAAUCUUUGAAGAAGCGUUUGUCUCUCUUUUAUCUCAACCUCAGAUUCUGACAAGAGAUAAACUACCCGAGACACUUUUCCUGGACGUCCGGCGCAUGCAAGAGUUCCAAAACGAGUUUCAAGCCAAUACGAUGGUGGCUGCCCUUCUCAUGCUUGCACGAAACUUUGGUAGUGCAAGCUCUCAGGCCCUAUCUGAGCUCGGUGUAAAGCUAUUUACCAUGCUUAAGGAUAAGUCGACGACCGUAGAACAUUUGGCUGCAGAAAUUGAACGGACUGUCGGCGACCUGCGUCCCGAACGACGACAGAUGAUACGAAACAUGGUGGACAAGACACUGUCACACAACGACACAGUCUAUUCUUUACUUUCUCGCCGUGUGGCUCUUGUCAUCAAGAGCACAAUACAGAACAAACAAUUUGUUAGUGACGCAGUCAUCACUAGUAACGGAUUAGAGCACAUACGUAGUAAUCUCCAAGCACUCACUCAGCGCAUUCUUAAACUUGUUCAGCAUCAUCGUCAGGUUUAUGCAUCAUGGUAUGAUACCAUCAUCCACGAUGCCUUGGCUGAUCACGUAGAGUAA